AUGGCUACCAAGAGAAUUCUGGAUGCAGUUGAUUUGAUCAAUAAUCUUCUGAAGACAUUGCCGAUGUGUCCUGCAACUGCAAAGUGCCACGAAACCUUUGUUCCUAGAGAGAUGGUCGGGAAUCUAAGAAGAAAGGCAUUAGAGAACACACUUCCCAUCUUAGGAGAAAUUGUAGGUGGCAUCAGAUCUGCACAGGAAAGACACAGGGAGGCGGGCCCAAAUAGUGUAUGCGGCAGAAGAGAGUUUGCAACGAAUCAACUCCGCAGCUUGAGGCUCUCGAUGGAGAAUGAAUUUGAAGAAAAUAGGAUCAAUGAGAUCAAGAGCUUACUGGGAGAAAUUGAGUAUUACGAGAAGAUUGGUGUGAGGCACACAGACAAGAUGAAUGUCGGAAAAGAGGCAACACUCAACAUAUUCAGAAUGCUGUCCUGUAUUGGAGAGGGGCCUGCAGACCCUUAUAUAGGGGAGUAUCUCAAGAGAAGAGUUUGUUUUUCUUACGAAGCCCCAUCGGAUAUCGAAGUCUCGUCUUUAAAAUCGAUGCUAAGGUUUCUGCAAGAAGACACAGGCACCAAAUGA